UCUAGAGUCUAAAGUAUGGAACAACGUUAUUCAGUCAGAGAUAUAGAUCAGCAAAAACAAUUACUAAAGAGUUAAAAAGAAACUUAUAGAAAGAGAUCUAGUGACAGGUUACAAAUGUUUAAUUGGUCUAGUCUGCACUACAACUUGUUCUUGUAUGCCUUCACUCAAAGUGUAUCUACGUGUGGAUUCUAGUAAGUAAAGGCAAUUGUCCUUCCGCGAGCAAAUCGAUUCAGUCAUGAUAUACAUUCGAAGAGAUAAACUGAAAUUCAUUUCCAUGGUGUGUGUCCUUAUAAUAUCCGUAAGCCUUAUCUACAGACUUCUGCAAACAGAUUCACUGAGAGAAGCGGAUUCUGUCAAAUUAAAAUUUGAUCAUCACAAAGAUGAUGGUCCUAGAGCUGGCAAAUGUGGCCUCUCAGCGCCAUGCCCUGGACACGAUUUUGCCUUUAAGGUUUCCAGUGGAGCAACAAGCAUCGUUGGACCACAAAUAUGCUUUGAAGGGAAAAUGAUAAUAAAAAAAAAGUCAAGAGGUAAUCGCCAAGGAAUCAGCAUUGUUGUAAUAAAUGAAAAAACAGGUGAACAUAGAAAAACUGGCAGCUUCAAUAUGUGGAAUGAAGAUGUUCGUGACUUGAUUGCAUUUCUGAAGUCAACUGAGGAUGGUUCAAUUGUGUUGAUGGCCAGUUUUGAUGUUCCAGCCACAAAACUUAAUGAGGAGGCAAGGAGACUUAAUGAGGAGGCAAGGACACUUAUCACAGAGCUUGGCAGUUCAUACAUUUCCAAAGUGAAAUUCAGAGAUAACUGGAUCUUUGUGGGAGGGAAGAAAACAAUGAUCCAAGCCUUUUUUGAGCAGCACUUGAAGAAUGACAGGAAAACCAAUAAAUAUGAAAGCUGGCCAGAAAUGAUAGAAAUGGAAGGUUGCAUACCUCGACUGGAAUAAUAUUUUCUACAGUCUCGGAUGGCAUUUGCUCUGAAAACAUUUUUCUGCUGAAAGGAAAGGACAAAUACUCAAUCAAGUCAAUCACAAGGAACUAUUUCAAUAUCCACAAUGAAACGCAAAGCUGGUCAAACUGCAUUUCUGAUGUGGUUUAUAUAUUAAUUAUUACUGUGUUCAUGUCUUCCUAAGAAUUUUUGUACUGUUGUGGGAACAGGUUUUUUUGCUAACAUCUCUGAGAGCAUACAUCAGAAAGAGAAUCAGCUUUAUUGCCAAGUAUGCCUAUACAUACAAGGAAUUUGUCUUGGUGACAGACGCUUCCUGUGAACAACAAUACAAAAACAGUAGUAUCUAUCUAUCUAUCUAUCUAUCUAUCUAUCUAUCUAUCUAUCUAUCUAUCUAUCUAUCUAUCUAUCUAUCUAUCUAUCUAUCUGUCUGUCUGUCUGUCUGUCUGUCUGUCUGUCUGUCUGUCUGUCUG